AUGGAGGUCCAGAGGGAGAAAUGGGACCGGAGCUGGAGGAUCCGGCGGAGGAGGAGAAACCGAGAGAAGGGCUGCAAGGUCCGCGGCAGGAAGAGGCACCUGACCAGCCGGCGGGAGAAGGAGAAGCACCGCCGGGGCGGGAGGAAGAGGGAGGCCACCGAGGGGCAGUCGGGCAGCGAGGACCUGGCGGGGGAGCUGCAGCCCGGGGAGGAGAGGGCGGGGACGGACAAGCAAGGAGAGGGGGAGCGCCGGGAGCCUGACCCGGAGAGCCUGGAGGAUCAGCGGGGGCCGAAGCAGAGAGAGCCGGGGGCCGUCGACUCGCCGGGCCCAGAGGGUGAGGGGCCCAGGGGCCCCAGCUCAACGGCCCGGGAGGAGCGCGCGGCCGCCGAGGAGAAGGUGAUGGAGGGGGAGCAGCCGAGGAGGAGCCCAGGAGCGGAGGAGCCUGAGCAGCAGGAGGACCCAGCCCCAGCCGGGCCGCCGGGAGCCGAGCUGGAGAACAGCGGGGAGGAGGAGGACCAGGCUGUCGCCGAGCUUGGUGGCGUGAAGGGCGGGCAAGCGGCGGCAGAGGAGCCGGGGAGUCCGAUGGGCCGAGCGGGGGAGCGAGGAGAAGAACUGGGCCGGCAGGAGCAGCGAGGGGCAGAAGGGCCGGAGCUGGAAGAAGAGGGACGAGAGGCACCGAGUCUGAAGGAGCAAGAAGCGGAGGGGGGUAGAGAGGAGGCGGAAGUUUCAGAGGGCCAGGAGGGAGCUGGAGACGCACUGAUGGGAGAACAACCGGAGAUUCCGGGGGAAAUAGAACUACACCAAAGUGGAGCUGAAAAACUUAACAGCAAGACCCAGUUAAAUCAGGACUGA